CAUAUAUAUAUUUCUCCUAUAACUUUCUGAAGUCAGAAAACAAGAGCUAUUUUUCUGGUAGUUUGCUAGAAGAUGAGAAAGCUGGAACCUUUUUCUUCUUCUUCAAAUGCCUUUUCUUGUUUCAGACAUUCUUUUCUUGAAAUACUGUAUCUCGGCAUCUGUUUGGUCUUAAAUGUCACCUACGGAAGUGGGUUUGAUCCUUUAAUCCAGCUCCCCUCAUCUGGGCUCCCCACAAACACUUCCAGCAGGUCAAAAACUGUGCUUUUUAACAUCGAUGAUUUUGGUGCUAAAGGGGAUGGAAUCGCUGAUGACACCAAGAUUGUGCAAGAUGUUUGGAAGGUGGCCUGUUCUUCAUCUUCGCCAGCGAAAAUUAUAAUUCCAGCAGGGAACUCUUAUUUAGUUAAACCGAUUGAUUUUCCCGGACCUUGCCAGUCAAACGUGACCUUGAGGGUUUCUGGUAUUCUUGUUGCGCCACAAGAUCCUGAGGUCUGGGAUGGUUUAAAUGUGCAUAAGUGGCUCUAUUUCCAUGGAGUGAAGCAACUCACAAUAGAGGGCGGUGGACUAAUUGAUGGGAGGGGCCAGAAAUGGUGGGCUCAAUCAUGCAAGACCAACGAAUCAAAUCCCUGCACACAUGCUCCAACGGCUGUUACUUUCCAUAAGUGCAAGAACUUAAAAGUCAGGAAUGUUACUUUGGUUAACAGUCAACAGAUGCACAUGGCGUUCACGAACUGUAUGCAUGUUGCAGCUUCUGGUGUCACAGUUAUUGCACCUGCUGAUAGCCCAAACACUGAUGGAAUCCACAUAAGCACCACAACACAUGUUGAACUAAAGAAUAUCGCUGUUGGAACAGGAGACGACUGCAUAUCCAUAGUCGGCAAUUCUUCUCAAAUUCGUAUAAAAAAUAUCGUCUGUGGGCCUGGCCAUGGUAUAAGUAUCGGAAGUUUGGGAAAGUACAAUAUGUCUGCUGCUGUUCAGGAUGUUAUCGUUGAUGGGGCAGUUUUAUUUAACACCGAGAAUGGGGUUAGGAUCAAAACAUGGCAGGGGGGCAGCGGUUUUGCGAGGAAAAUUACCUUUCAGAACAUAUUGAUGCGUAAUGUUUCCAAUCCCAUUAUAAUUGAUCAAUAUUACUGUGACUCUCCAGUGCCUUGCCUAAACCAGACUUCCACCGUCCAUAUCGACAGCAUUUCCUUCCGCAACAUCAAAGGAACAUCAGAAACAGAGGGGGCUAUCAUGCUUUUAUGCAGUGACAGCUAUCCAUGUAAAAGAUUGUACUUGGAGAAUGUUGAACUUGAAUGGUUGUAUGGGAUUGCAAAAUCGUUCUGCUGGGAAGCGUACGGCACAACCUCAGGUCUGAUGUCUCCGCCUUCUUGCAUUCCAUCUGAUGGUAAUGUGAUCAGUAACGAAAACAACUACAACUCAUCAACGAGCUUGCAGAAAGAUGACCAUGCUUUCAUUUAAACAUAAAGGACACGACACGGGCAACUCACAACUCCCGUCUCUUUGUUUUCCGAACGCACCACCAUUGCUACACAUUCGUUUCCAACGGUUUGAAUGGCAGAUAGAGUGUUUGGCAUCAAGACACAUAGGAGUCUGUAGUGAAAACAGAUUUUGGCAUGCAGUGAUUUUUAUUGUGAACAAUCUUCGAAUUAGUUGCUUGUCAUUGGCUUUUUACGUUUACCACGAAAUCGAUGUUGUAUAUUUAUGCUAUUGUAUUGAGCCUCUUUUCUUGCUGUCAAAUUCUUACCAUCCAAAUACUAGGAUGCUUCAUUUUAAAA